AUGAGGUGGCUCACCUGUCCAUGUACGAGCUUAUUGUGUAGUAGAUAUACUAAAUGGGCUACUCCGGCCCACACAAUCCCUGCGUGCGGCGCCUGGAGAGUGUACAUUUUACAGCCCAAAUUGCUCCUCUCGAGAAAAAAAAAAAGCUGCUUCUUUUCAACGGCAGGAUCUCCAGUUCUCCAAGGGAGACGCAGACGGUGCCGUGGCCUCCGGCUCUCCGCCGUCCUCUCCCGUCGCGCCUCCGGCGCUACCCUGCCAAUUUGUUUACCGACAUCAGAUGAUCGGAUUCAGCGGGGUGUUGGCAUUCGCGCCGCGCAGGGUGGCAUUAGCGCACCUUGGCUUGGGGCGUUUGCCAGUUCGUCGUCUCCUCCGCCGUCUUCCUCUCGAGGCUCCAACCUCAGGGAGAAAAAUGGUGUGAAGCCAGAAAAGUGGUUUUCCGGCGGCAGAGGCACCAAGGGGAGCGUUGACUUGGAAUGUUUAAACGAAGGCAGAUCUUUGGCCGCAACUUUUACAAGACUGAUGACUUGUCAUCUUGUGAAUCUACUACUCAAGUUACAGAACUUCUUUUGUUUAGGCUAUUACUUCCAGAAUUCAACCUCCAACCUUGACCAGAUGGCGUCUCCUCUGGAAGAUAGGAUCUACAACGGGUACUUACCUGGUCACGGUGAAUUACCGGAAUUUUGAAAUGUCUCCUGGUCUGUUUGAUUUACAGUGCGUCAGUUCACGGUUGCGAUUAUCAAAGUCAUGUUAAUCAUCA